AUGAGCGAUGAGUGCUCCUCGAUUGAGACAGACAUUACUGCAUUUUCUUCGGAUGAAGAUGAUUUCAGUAAUUUACAUUCUCCUUCUAGCUUUGGUAAAUACAAGAUGGUGUACACUGUUAACAGUAUGAACCAAGAAGACAUGGAUUGUAAACUUGAUAAUGAUGGUGAACCACAGAAGUCCCCGGACGGUCCUUACUUAAAUAGAAGUAUCCCGUUACCAAUGGAAACCUCUUACACCAGUACUGAGAAUCUCAUUCCCAAACAGGAGAAAAAUAUUCAAUCAAACGGAAUCGUGAACCCCGUGAUGUCCAGUAUAAACAUCGAAGCUCCUUCUUGGAGCGACACAAGUAGUGACAACAUGAAAGACCUCGCCAGUUCUAGGGCCUCAACUCUGACAAGGGAAACUAAAUCUGAUGAUCCCAGUUCCCUGGAGAAAAGCGUCAGCUACAAAGAGGCUAAGGAGAAGAGCAACUCUUUUCCAAGAUAUACUAGUCUGUCUUCCCACAGUGAACCACUCAAAGAACCAGCUCCCAGUGUGACAUUGCCCUCCAAGCCCUCGUCUCUGAAGCCUUGGGAUGUAUUUAGAGUAGCUUCACGUGAAGUUUCAAAAACUAUGGAUGGCAACUAUGCUAGUCUUUUCAGAAAAGGCACCAAAGUUGUUGUGAGCAUUGUGUUAACUAUUCUAAUCUUACUUACAACAAUGAUAAGCAAAAGUUCUCUUUUGCUUAUUACUUCGAAUGUGUAUUCUAAUGUGACUCUUAAGUGCUCCAAGAGCGGUAAACAUGGUCAUGUGACUUCCUGUCGACGAGUCGCACCGGAUAUAGAAGGCGCUGCCUUUCAGCCUUCACAGACAGUAGAAGUUACCUGGCUUUGGUCAUUAUUUUUGGUGACAACAACACCCUAUGUUUUCACGUUUGCAAAGUGUGUAUGGAGAAUAUUAUUCAAGAAAACAAGAAACCCAACGUUUGCCAUAUUGAUAAUAACGUUGGCUAUAGAGACCCUUCACUCCAUUGGAAUCUGUAUAUUUGUAUUCUACGUCCUCCCAAACCUGGAUCCUAUUCGUGGAUUAAUGCUUACAUUUGGUACUGCAUUCUUUCCUUCGUUUUUGAAAAUGUUCGACAGUCAGAGGGAAACAGGACGACGGUUUUACAUAGUCGUAGCAGAUAUUCUCGCUAUGUUGAUCCAAGCCUCUGUUUUGCUACUAUGGCCUCUUUUAAAUAUAAUAAGAGGCAUGGAUUAUGAACAAAGUUGGGGUAUCUUUGCGUCCCUACUUCUUAUAUCAUUAGGAUGGUGGGAGAAUUACGUAAAUAAAUUCACACAUCUGGGAAAACUUGGAAGUUCUUUGUUGGAGUUAAAAAGAAAUAUUCGUCGAAGUAGAACAAAGCUUUACGCUGCAGUAAGUGUUUGGAAAGUAAUUCUAACUCUGGGAAUUAUGUUGGCUCUGAUGAGCAAUCUCAAAGGUUCUUGUGUGAAAGCAUUGUUCUUUAGAGGACACAAUCGCGCUGCGGAAUGUCCACAUUUAGCAUAUCCAGAGGACGCCUAUAAUGUGGAAAGUUCAGCGUACAAACAAGAUCCAUUCUGGGUAGCAGCCCUUCAGAUUGUAUGCUGCCUUCUCUGUUAUACUUUCGCUAAAUCCGCAUGUAAAAUCAUGCUCCAGGUCGUCAGUUUCUCCCUCCCACUGAUGUUGGCAGCACCAAUAAUGGCAGGUCUGUUCAUAGAGAACUGUGAGUCCUGGAAAAGUUCAAUUGUCGGCGGUUCUGAUUUGAUGCCGGAUUACUUAUACUGGACCUGUGAUAUCCAUGGUGUAUCUGUCGAUUUUCUACUGAAACUGGUAACGGAUUAUUAUCUUCCCGUUACUCUGAUAUGGUGGUUGUCCUUCAUGUGGGUAACUUUUCACAUAUGGAUUCCAAGGGUAGAACGUUUGGUGCAAACGGAGAGGUUGUUUGUUCAGCCAUUAUAUUGUGGAGUGAUGCUUGAGCAGUCAUUGAUGCUAAACAGGAGAAGAGAUGACAGGGACAGAGACUUUCGUUCGGGGUCAGAAAAGCAAAAACGAUUUGGUUUUGAAUCUCCCGAGCUAAACGUCAAGAGAGACAUAGACCGUGGUGAACUGCCAAAUCGGAGAUCAAUAAAAACCGAUCGCACACCAAUGAUCUACGUCUGUGCGACAAUGUGGCACGAAACUCAAAAAGAAAUGAUUCAAAUCCUGACCUCUCUGUUUCGACUAGACAAUGACCAGUGUGCCAGGAAAAAUGCACAAAAAUUUUUCGAUGUUGUUGACCCAGAUUAUUAUGAAUUCGAGACCCAUGUAUUUUUCGAUGACGCUUUCGAGGCACAUGAUGAUGAUGAUUACCUGUAUCACGUUAACAGUUUCGUUAAACAACUGCUUCUUGUGAUGGACGCAGCGGCAAGUAAAGUUCACAAGGUACCAGUUAAAAUACCUCCUCCUACAAAAUACCCUACCCCUUAUGGAGGUCGACUGGAGUGGACACUACCAGGUGGUAAUAAACUGUACGUCCACAUGAAGGACAAGACGAAGAUACGCCACAAAAAGAGAUGGAGCCAGGUAAUGUACAUGUACUACUUACUGGGUUAUAAACUAGUGGCACAACCACUGGAUGCCCGACGGAAGCAGACGAUUGCUGACAAUACAUUUAUCCUAGCCCUAGACGGAGAUGUAGAUUUCAAACCUUCAGCUGUACAACUUCUUGUCGACCGUAUGAGAAAGAACGAUAAAGUGGGUGCAGCUUGUGGACGUAUUCAUCCAAUUGGAACUGGUCCAAUGAUUUGGUAUCAGAAGUUUGAAUAUGCCGUCAGCCAUUGGUUGCAAAAAGCUACGGAACAUUUAAUUGGAUGUGUCCUUUGCAGUCCUGGUUGUUUCUCAUUAUUUCGUGCGUCUGCAUUGAUGGAUGAUAAUGUCAUGAGGAGAUAUGCUACUACAUCAUCAAAUGCACGUCACUAUAUCCAGUUUGAUCAAGGAGAAGAUCGAUGGCUGUGUACUCUGCUCCUCCAGCAAGGCUACAGAGUGGAGUACUCCGCUGCCGCCGACGCUUUAACUUAUGCACCUGAAGGAUUCGGAGAAUUUUACAAUCAGAGACGUCGCUGGUCACCAUCUACAAUGGCAAACAUCAUGGACUUACUAAUGGACUGGAAAAAUGUUAUUCGCAUUAACGAAAACAUUUCGUUCCUAUACAUCAUGUACCAAGGUUUAUUAUUCCUUUCUUCAAUAGUGACACCCGGAACUAUUUUCCUUCUUAUCGUCGGAGCUCUGAACAGCGCAUUUAAGAUAGAUUUGCUUUCUUCCUUUAUGAUAAACAUCGUUCCACUUAUUCUUUUUCUGCUGAGUUGCUUUCUCCUGAAGUCAAAAUGGCAGCUCCUACUUGCACAGUUACUGUCGCUGAUAUAUUCCCUCCUAAUGAUGGUGGUGGUCGUAGGUAUUGGAUUAGAGAUGAAGCGAGAGGGACUCUGUUCACCGACAACAAUAUUUAUGAUAUUUGUGGUCGGUACCUUCAUCACUGCAGCAGUUCUUCAUCCACAAGAGUUUUAUUGUAUUGUUCAUGGAGCUCUGUAUUUCCUCUGUAUUCCAAGUAUGUCGAUGCUACUUAUGAUCUACUCCAUCUGUAAUCUUCACGUUGUAUCCUGGGGAACUAGAGAAAAUGCCAUAGCAGCUCAACCAAAUGCCAAGCCGGAGAAAAAGAAAGAUGGUAAAAUUGCCUCGAUUUUGAAUAAAUUCUCUAGCUCUAGAAACACAGAAGAUAGUGAAUACGCCUUCUCUUUUGGAAACUUAUUCAAGUGUCUGUGCUGUCCUCAGCCAAGACCUGAUGAUGCAGACAAACGAUUUGAGGAGAUUUUGAGUAAACUUGAGAGUAUGGAAAAGAUUAUGGCUCUUCCAAAAGAUAUUCAAGAAAAGAUAAUGAUUGAUGCCGAGACUAAUGUAUCAGAGGUUGACAUGAAAGACAAUGACAAUGGUUUGAACAAGCCCGCUCUGGACAAUGGAGAUGUACGAUUUAACCCAAUUUACCAGUCCAAAAUGACUCCACAUGAAGACGACACACCCUUCUGGAUUCAUGACGAUGAUAUUGGUCACGGAAGAGUAAGAUUUCUGAGCAAGGAGGAGAAGAAUUUCUGGUCCGAACUUAUAUCCAAAUAUCUUUAUCCUCUUCAACACAAUGAAAAACACAAGAAACAGAUGGAAACCGAUCUUCUGGAAAUGAGAAAUAAAAUGAGCUUGAUGUUCUUCAUGAUGAACGCGCUUUUCAUAAUAAUAAUCUUCAGUUUGCAGUAUUCCAAUGCAAUUGGUGACUCUGGCCUUUCAAUUCCUCUACCCUGCCACGAUUUAAUCAGUAACAAACCACUUUCCUUAGAACCAAUUUCACUUCUCUUCAUGGCGAUUUUUGGAAUUGCGCUCUUAAUUCAAUUUAUUUCGAUGUUCUUCCACCGACUGGCAACGUUUUUGCAUAUUAUGUCAACAACUGAAGUGAACUGUAUGAAGCCAAAUCAGAAUGAAAUCAACCAAAUGGAUCUUGCUUCUAAAAUAUCUCUUGUAAAAGAAUUCCAGAAAUUUGAAGAUGACGAUGACACCAGAAGUAUUUCUACGGUUGGAAGUGAUCUUGAUGAGGAUAGCAGUAUUACUCAAGACGACUCGCCAAAAAUAAAGAGGAAGAAGACGGUGAUCCGAAUUACACGAAGAAAAAGAAACCAGACACCACAUUCUGGUAAUCUAAGUGGUAAAUUUUUGAAAAAUUUCAUGGAAUUUGCAAAAGAUUUGGAAAAUGGCGGAAAUGGUAAAAGUAAUGAAAAGAGCAGUGGUAAGAAACGAAGAAGUAAGAAGGCAAAGAAAGCUAUGGCAUCUUUAGAACAAAACAAGGAUAUGGUGCUAAAUAAAGCCCAUGUCAUUAAGUCGCGAUGGCAGAGACUUGCAAAGGCAACAGGUAAUACGUCAAGCGACAAAUGGGGCUCACUAUUGCGCCUUGCUGCACAGUCAAGGACAAGCUUAAACACAAUUACAGAAGAUGACAAAAGAAAUUCAUGGAUACGAGGAAUUUCGAAGAUGACAAGAUCUAACAGCGAGUUUUCUGUGAAUACACUUCCUGAUUUAGGAUCAUUGUCACAAAGAAAUAGUUAUGCGGAACCUAUUUUGAAUAUGAUAACAAGUGAGUUAGAGAAUGUGGACAGUGUUAACGCUGGGAGACGAGUCACAACAGCGGAAAUCAACAACCUCCAAAAGUCAAGAUUUCCCGCCGAAAAUCUAUAUGACGCAGUAGAAGAAGUAGACUCUAGCGCAGAUUCUGAUUAUGAAGAAGCAGAUCUUUCGUCGUCUUCAAAACAUUCCUCACCUCCCGGUACAAAUAAGGGGGGAUCUAAAAGUGUAGAAAUGAGUAUAAUUAAAUCGGAUGUGACAGAAAAUAAACAAGAAAGUGCGAAAGAAAAUGAAACUGCUAAUGGAGAUACUCAUCUGUAG